UUAUGACUCAUAAAGCCUUUUUAUCAGCUUAUUAUUAAUGGAUUUUUAUGCCUUUCCCUUUACAGCCGAGAAACGCAUUAUUCCCUCUUCAUUUUCUUCUCGUUUCAUCUGAAUGAAAAAAUCCCAAUCUCAAUCUCUCAGUCCACAUGGCUACGACCGACUUCAAUGACUGGGAGCUCCUCCACUCCACCUCCGACUCCGACUCCGCCCCCGGCGAGCCUUUUAGCGAGAUUGACGCCGGAGGAUUGAUUCAGCUCGAUUAUUUCUCCCUAGAUGCUCGGAAUCUUGUCGGGGAGGACAUGGGUGAUGCUAAAUCCGCUGCUGGGUCCGAUAACCCCAGUUGGAUCGAUCCCGGGCCGGAGGAGAACCCGAACAUGUACCUCCACAAGGAUUCCGGCGAGUUUUGGUCAGAUUCCGGCAGCGACAGGUCCGAUGAUCGGGCAUUUGUCCAAAAGGAGGCGAUAAAGGAAAUGGGUUUUUCUCAGGAUGAGAAGAAGGGUGUUAGAGUUGGAGGGAUUGGGGAAAUAUUCGAGGGAGAUGGAGAAAGAGCGGAGGAUUUGGGGAAAGUUUGUUUGGAGUCGAGUGGGGUCGAAAUUAGCUCCCUGGAACACGGAGCCGUUGCAGAUGAGGUGGAUUCGCACAUCGAGCUGGAGGUUUCUGGCGAAGAAAACAGUAGCAUGAGGAAAGUUGAGAGUGGGGAUGAGGUUAUGGAGGAUGACAAGAGCAAGAAAAAUGGCGAGCUCAAGAAGAGGAUCAUUGUGUGGUGGAAGAUGCCGGUAGAGUUCCUUAAGUAUUGUUUGUUUCGGAUGAGCCCUGUGUGGGCCGUAUCUGCUGCUGCUGUUGCUGUGAUGGGCUUUGCGAUUUUGGGUCGGCGGCUGUACAAGAUGAAGAAGAGGACCAAGGGACUGGAGAUCAAGGUUACAGUUGAUGAUAAGAAGGUAUCACAAGUUAUGAGCAGUGCUGCCCGUUUGAACGAAGCUUUCUCGAUUGUGAAAAGGGUCCCAGUGAUUCGGCCCUCACUGCCUGCUGUUGGCUCGACUAACACCUGGCCUGUAAUGAGUCUUAGAUAAGUCGGGCAAACAUGUUUGCGCGUAAGACAGUAUACACGGUGUCGAAUUUGAGCAAAUGCAUAGGCUCGAGUAUUACUGUAUAUUCCAUGUGUGUGUGUAUGUUCAAUUUCACCUCUCAGAACUGGGAAUUGUUCGUCACGGUGGUAUGUAGUAUGUAGUAUGUACCGAGAACUCCAUAUGUUGCUUUCAGUCCAUUUAUACUUGUCUUGUAAUACCUCCUUAGCCCCCUUCUUAGCAGGUGUGAUUUGGUUUUGGUUGGGUUGAAUGUAUAGAAUAUGGGAUCUAAGAAUGUAACAAUUGAAUAUUUUUGUAUUUUGUAUUGUCCUUUAUAAUCAUAUUCCACCUCAAUUGGCCAAAGCCACUUGAAAUGCUAGCCUCUACAGACAUACCAUGCUUACGCC